UGUGGCAAUGAGUUGAGCGAUCAGAGAGGUACGAUUACAUCACCAAGGUAUCCAACCAACUACCCAAGUGACGCCAAGUGUAGCUGGACAAUCACUGCCCCUCCCAAUGAGAUUAUUGAUAUUAGGUAGGCAUAAAUUUAGGACACAAUAAAAGUCUCUCAAAUAAGGUACACCAGAAAAUUAUUAAGAUAUUAAUAUCAACUACGAAGUUUAAGGUUUUUUUGUUGCUUAUUUUGCAUAAUAAAUGAACAUGUGAGUUAAUCACACACACAUUUUUGUAAGAUCCAGGAUUAUUGUACGGAUUAAAAACUAUUCAAUCAUCUAUAAAUUAAGCGAUACUCAAAAUAAACUAAAUGGCGGGAAAAUCUGUCUUUAUUCUUUAGAUUUUCAAAGCUUGACCUUGAUGGUUACACCGACUCGUGUCCGGAUGUGGUAACUGUUUUUGAUGGAGCUGGACCCCAGGCAGCUCCCAUCACACGAUUAUGCAGAUAUAAAGAACUAGCUGAGUUGCAAGGCCUGCACAUUCGCUCUACCGGCAAUAAGAUACACAUAACGUUUACAUCAGACAGUUACAACACAAGGCAGGGCUUCUUGGCAACCUACUGGACCCACGGUACAUUACAAUAA